AUGAGCCCAUCGCCGAACUCCGGAGCCGAGUACACGACGCCCGUAUCGAACCUCAGUCACCUCCACAAGCAGCAGCGCAACCAGCUCAAGGUGCAGGACACUCCUCAGCAGCGCGGGCGUAAGACGAGACAUGAGCUGGGACGAGAUAAUAGGCACGGGGAGAACCGAGUCACAAGAAUCUACCCGCGCGAGAUAACCAAGUCGCCGCCCUCCGCACAGCGCUUCGCCUCCGCCUCUCCUCCCUCAAACUAUAAUGCCACCACCUCUCCACUGUUCUCGGCUAUUGGCGCCACCAGGACCGCAGCUCAAUACACAACCGAGUGGACCAAGUCACUCCCGUUCUUCGGCAACCAAGCUUCACCAGGCAACGGUGGAAUAGCUAUAGCAGGCUCACCACCAACGUUUCAGAGCUCGCCAGGGGCACGAGACGGACUGUACAUACCGAGCAUGUCCAACUCACCGCCUGCACUUGCAGGACGUCCAAUGAGUCACCCUGGCCCGCAGGGGGCCUUUGGUGGUCGAGAUCGCAGGCCCUCCGCGUAUUCGCAGUACACCACCGGGCGGCCACUCUCUCAGAACUUUGCUGGGAACCCUCCCCUCCCACAUCAACCACAAGCGCACUUCUACGGGACACCUGAGCUCGACCUUGGGCUGGAUGGAGUGCGAGAUGGUGGUAUCCCUCCGGGCGAGGCAGGCCACUUUUGCGGCUUUGACACGCUGAGCAUGGGAGGCGACGAGUCCGCGCGAACAACGGAGAAUGUUCUCCUGGUUGGUUCACAAGGUGGUCUGGACGUCUUUCGAGUGGAAAGGGGCAAGCUCGAUAUUGUAGGACGCUUGGAAGGCUUGCGAGGCGCCGUCAUUGGCGCAAAGAUCCUUCCUUGGUGCCUAAGGAGGGAUCCUCUAGCAAGCACCAGACCUUUGAUUGCACUGACACUGCAUGGGCCGGUUCUAAAGGAGGGCCGCAGCAGUCACAGCGGCAGUGGCGCAUCGUCAGUUAUCGACGAUUCUGCCUCUGAGUCUCCCAGCAGGCUAUCCAGCAACGACUCUUCGACGCAAGUCAGUGGUUAUCAGACAACAGUCGAGAUUUAUUCCCUCAAACAGCAAACAAGGCUAGCCAUACUGUACGAGAGCCCUCUGGUACCUUUGAUUGUUCCGGUUGGAAGUCCCCUAUUUCAACCUCCUGCUCCGGUUGGCGACUUGGUGGUUGAUGCAAAUGGCGAGUUCGUGGUCGUAUCAUCAGGUGCUAGUGGAGAAGUAUUCGUGUUCGCCCCAUAUCUCAAAGGGCACGAGGAUCACCGGGAGCGUUAUCGCUGUGUAGGCAAACUCUGGACCUCUGUGCAGCUUCGUGAGCGGGUCACUUCAUCAAACGCGUCCAGCGGUGCGGACGGCAGCCACGAUGACGCCCCACCCGAGAAGUACGGCGUGCCAAUCUUCUCCCUUUCAGAUCGCUGGCUCGCCUUAGCUCCACCUACAUCUAGCUCACAGUGUCCAGUUAAUGGCACAGCUUUGACUUCUGCGCACUACGAGCGGCCACCAGGCAUUUCACACCACACCGCGCCAACUCAGCCGGCACCAAACUGUGCCGUGGAUGCGCCAGAAGCAGCCAGCCUCCUGAACCGAUUGACAAGGGAGGGUACUCAGGUUGCAAUCCAAGGCGCACGCUGGGCCACAGAGAAGGGCAUGCAAGCUUUCAAGAGCUACAUGAACAAGGGGACUGCCAACAACCUGCCAUACCAGGAUCCGAUGCAACACUAUUUCCCUCCUACGCACGGGCACAAUCAAGCUCAGCCAAGACAGGAAACGACUGUCAUCGCCAUACACGAUUUGCAGAAACUCGUCGAGGUCGAGGAAAAUCGGAGUAAGAGUGCCUUACAUCCAAUUGCAGUGUUCUCUGCAAUCAGCGGCUGCAGCUUGCUGUCGUUCUCUCCGACUGGCCUGAUGUUGAUGACAGUCAGCAAGAAGGGUGACUUUCAAGAAGUAUGGGACCUCAAGCGAGUCAACUACAGAAGAGCACGCAAGACCAGCAGAGAGCAAGCACUCGGGCCACAUGUACGACAAGUCGCCAGAUUCAGUCGCAUUACGGUUGCCAAUGCCGUCGAUGUAGCUUGGUCUGCUCCUCGAAUCGACAAAGUCGCCGUUAUCACAGAAAAGGGAACAGUGCACAUGUUUCUCAUGCCUGCCUCAGCAUUUCAAUGGCCACCGUAUAGACGAGGGCGCCCAACAGGCUCAGCGAACCCUAAGGAGGACGUGGCACCAACAAGCAAUGGGGGCGCAGUCGGGUCUGCAAUGCAAGCAAUCAAUGGCACGGCGAAGCCCUUCUUCAAUGCUGUACGUGGCCGAGCUGCUAGCAACGGCUCUCGCUUCACGUUCAGCAGUCUCGGCAUGACUCCUGCGGCAGGUGCAAAGUCCAGUAAGGCUGUGGCUGUGGGAGUAGGAAACUCCAUCAACAAUAUCCGCCAUUCCGGAGACAAUAAGAUCGCACUGCCUGCAUCACCAAGUGGUGUUAAGCCUUAUAGCGUGCGAUGGCUGUCCGGAAAGGGUCGAGGAUCUAUCGCUUUGGUAUCUGGUGGUAUUCUGCAGAUCUGGAGGGUUCAGAUGCGACCUGCUACGGGCAAAGGCAAAUUACCCAAUGCGACCUCGAUUUUGAAGAGAAAAGUUGUGGAGUUUGCGCUCGCUGCUAUACCAGACACGCCGUUCCCUCCUUCUAUUGCUGAGCAGCUCUACCCUCAGCCCGGCGAGCAGGAAGCGGUCAACGAGAUCUACGGAGAAUGGCUCCCUCGAGCCCUACCACGCAAGACAGCUGCCCAAGGCGUCAAAGGAUCAGCCACAGCGUUGGCACCUCUGAGUUUCUCUGAGAUUGAGACCAACCCGCCGUACCAACCGUUUUACACCGACCGCCGAGUCACUCGUUUCGUGUACGCGCGCCCGCUGAACAGCGUACAUGAAAGCAGCAGUGAGCAUCAGCCCUUCACAGCACCCAGCCUUGCUAGCAAUCUUCAUCAUGAAGACGACAACGCCCCUUGGCUGUUUGGCGAGGAUGUUGAGGCUAUCCGCAUCUCGUCGUCAGCAACUCACGCUCACGAUCUAGACGAAGAUGAGUUCGUGGCUGGCGUUGCAGCUAGGAUUGAAAACAAGAUGGUCCUGAAUGACGAUGAAGAGGAAGUUGAGCAAGUCGUUGUCACAACCAGGCGACGACGGGUCAAGAGGGAUGGUGAGGAGGGUUUCUUCGAAGACGACUGCGAGGUGCUUGACUUUGCAGAAGAUCGGGUCUAG